GUCCCGGUCCCGCAGCGGGGGCCAUGUCCUCGCUGCUGUCCCUCCAGGAGGAGAACCGCAUCCUGCAGCAGGAGCUGUCCCGUGUCGAGGACCUGCUGGCCCAGAGCCGGGCCGAGCGCGAUGAGUUGGCCAUUAAGUACAACGCCAUCAGUGAAAGGCUGGAGCAGACACUGCGGCUGGAGACGGGCGAGCGGGAUGCGGCGGAGAGCCGGAGCCUGGCGCAGCACAACAUCGAGCUGCGGCGCCUGCUCGAGGAGGAACAAGCCGCCUACAAGCGCAAGCUGCAGGCAUACCAGGAGGGCCAGCAGCGCCAGGCCCAGCUGGUGCAGAAGCUCCAAGCCAAGGUGUUGCAGUAUAAGAAGAAAUGCGGUGAAGGGUAGCAGCAGCUGCU